CUAAACCACAGCAGAAAUCUCUUAUAGUGUCGACCAGUUCCCAAGGGAGAGAGAGGCGGAGUUACAUCAUGUUAAGAGACUAGGGGCAGCCUUAAUGCGGGGUGCCACCCGGGAGGCGGCGACGUCAUGCCAGGGAGGCAAAAUCUGAGGAAGCUUGUAUCACGACCUUCAGUUCUCAACACUCCCUCACCAAGAACACUUAAGGUAGAUACGAAUGGUUCCCACCAGUUCCUAUCAGAUAAAGCGUGAGAAUAAUGAUCUUCUGAAUGAAAUUUCCAUGCUAGGGGAAGAAGUUCGUCAUCUGGGUGCAACCUGCCAGAAGAAAUGGAGACGUCGGCUGUUGAAAAGUCAGACAGCUUCUACUAUCUCACUCAACUGUGUAAUGGACCUUUCUGGAAUGUAAGUACUGCCUGGGAAGCCGAAGUGCCUGAUUUUGGGACCUGUGCUGAGCGGACAGUGUUGGUGUGGCUGCCCUGCCUCCUUCUUUGGUUGUGUGCUCCUAUCUACAUCUUUCAUCUUAAGAGCAGGCCCAUUGACCCGGUGCCAUGGACUGCAGUCAGCUAUACAAAGAUGAUGGUGUCAGCUUUGCUAGUAAUUGUGUGGGGGUCGGAGAUUGUGUGGGCUGGACUCAAGGGCCCUAUUGUUGUCCCAACAGCUGACUUCAUAGCACCUAUAGUCCUCUUAAUAACUCAGGCACUGCAUGUAAUACUAGUUGCGUCGGAUCACCGUCAUGGUAAACGCACCAGUGGCCUACUCUGGUGCUUCUGGUUAAGCAUGUUGAUGUGUGGCAUCCCACAACUCUACACUACAGUCAUCACCACGGUCCAUGGAGAUGGGAAGCUGCCUGCUGUAUUAGUGGUCACCUUCCUGGUGCAGUACCUUUGCUGUCUGGCACUCUUCAUCACAAACUGUAUCUCUCAUGCACCAUCUAAGUUACAAAGUCUCUUUAUGACUGAGAAAGCAAGUCCAAAGUUACAAGCCUCAUUUCUGAGUCGUCUCUUCUUCUUAUGGAAUGCCCCCUUGAUUUGGCGAGGUUGGCGGAACCCUCUCACCUUCCAGGACAUGUGGGAUGUGGUUCCUGAGGAUUCUGCUUUAUCUGUGUUUAACCUGUGGCAAGACACCAUGGCCGGGGGAAAAUCUUCUCACAAGUUACUUAAAAUGAAGCAAAAUAUCAAGAAGAACAGCUUCACUAUCACAUCUGUACCUCAACACAUGGGCCUGUCGGUGUUAUGGAGACUUUGGAUAAUGAUACGGAGGUCUUUGAUAGGUUCCUUCGUAAUUUACCUUAUUUCUGAGGCCUUACGUUUCGUCACUCCAAAACUUCUCAGUUUGCUCAUCUCCUUCAUCACCAACAAGACAGAGCCUAUGUGGCAUGGAUACUUAUAUGCAGUGAUGAUGUUAUUGAUUUGUGAGUGUGCAAGUAUAGUCAAGAAUAAUUUCUUCGACAUCGCUCUCAUCCUAUCUGUCAGGGUUCGCUCAGCACUUAUGUCUGCUGUCUAUGCAAAGGCUUUGAAAUUGUCUGGGUCUGCUCGGCGGGAGUCAACUCUGGGUCAGAUAGUGAACCUGAUGGCUGUGGAUGCUCAAAUAAUUGGGGAUACAGUGUUGCAGAUAUAUGGUUUGCUGUUUGCACCCCUGAUCAUCCUGGUGUGUCUCAUCCUCCUCUGGCAGGAACUUGGGCCAUCUGUGCUAACUGGGUUGGUUUUCAUGCUGCUCAUCAUCCCCAUCAACAGUGUUCUGGUGAACAAGUCCAAGUUAAUUCAGGAGGAGACAAUGACCAUCAGAGACAAGAGAGUCAGGAUGACUAGUGAAAUUAUCAAUGGCAUUAAGGUACUAAAACUCUACGCCUGGGAGGGUUCUUUCGCUGCUAAGGUGGAGGAGGUGCGCAAGAAAGAAAUGAAACUUCUGACAAACUUAGGAAUUUUGCAGUCAAUUAAUUCAUUCAUCUUCAAUGUCACUCCAUAUAUGGUGGCACUGGUUACAUUCACCACAUACCUGUUAGUGUCAGAGGACAAUAUACUUAAUGCUCAGAAAGCCUUCGUCUCUCUCUCACUCUUCAACAUAAUGCGCUUCCCCAUCAUCCAAAUGCCAACAGUCAUCUCCCAGAUAAUUCAGGCAAGUGUAUCACUGGUGAGAAUGGAGAAGUACUUGUCUGCUGAUGAAUUGGAUCCCUUUGCUGUGUUGAAUGAUACUUCUGGAUCUAGUUCUGUGGUGGUGCAUGGAGGAGAGUUUUGCUGGGAUGGUGAUGAAGGGAACAUCAUUUGGCACCUGCGAGAUAUAGAUGUUGAGGUUGAGUGUGGCCAGCUGAUGGCAGUAGUCGGACCUGUUGGAGCAGGCAAAAGCUCUUUCAUGUCUGCCUUAUUAGGUGAAAUGAAGAAGACUGCUGGAAGAGUUGCUAUCAAUGGGAGUCUGGCAUAUGUUUCCCAACAAGCUUGGCUCCAAAACGCAACCCUGCGCGAAAACAUCAUCUGGGGCCUACCCUUCAACAGGAAACGCUACCAAAAAGUAGUUAGGGCAUGUGCUCUCCAAGCCGACCUGGAUAUGUUGCCUGCAGGGGACAUGACAGAGAUUGGAGAGAAGGGAAUCAAUAUAAGUGGUGGACAGAAGCAGCGUGUAGCCCUGGCCAGAGCAGUUUACAGUAACUCAGAAAUUAUCUUACUUGAUGAUCCUCUCAGUGCUGUUGAUGCUCAUGUAGGGAGACACCUCUUUGAACAAGUCAUAGGACCUCAUGGUGUACUGAAGGGCAAGACACGUGUUUUGGUGACCCAUUCUGUAACAGUGCUGCCACAAGUUGACUAUGUGGUUGUGAUGAAAGAUGGAAGGAUGGUGGAAAAGGGCACUUAUGACCAACUUGUGUCCUCUGGUGGAGAGUUUGCUCAGUUCAUUGUACAACAUUUAAAUGACAUGGGUGAUGAAGAUGUCAAAGAAGAGCUGGAUGAGCUGUAUGAGCAUCUGGAAGGUGUGGCAGGGGGAGAACCUUUACUUCAACAGUUGUCUCUCAGGAAAAGUAGCAUCAACAUUACCAGAGUACAGGAAAUGGUUGGUCGACACAGGAGUGCAAGUGAAACAGAUCCUGGAAGUGGCAGUAAAUUUACCACAUAUGGUCUCAACGACAGUUGCCCAGUGCUAACCCGAAUUGGCAGUUCACAGAACUGCGACAAUAUUUCUGUAUAUAGCAGCAUAACAUCCGUGAAUGAAUAUGCAGCCACAGAAGGACAUGAUUUACCAAAGCAAAAUACUAUGAACUGGAAUUUGUCUUUGAAGAAAGGUCAAAUAUUAGUUGAAGAAGAAACUACCGAGACAGGCAAGAUCGCUGGCCAUGUGUACAAGGUGUACAUAAGAGCUAUGGGCCUGAUGUAUGCACUCCCACCUCUCAUCUUAAUGACUCUGGGACAAGCAUGCAAUGCAGGCAGCAACAUCUGGCUCUCUGAUUGGUCCAGUUCAAAUUCCAUUAACUCAACCAACAGCUCUGCAGUCUCCAGGGAUACCUUCUUGACUUUCUAUGGUGCCUUUGGUGUUGGUCAAUCAUUUUUCAUGUUUAUGGGGAUCUUGGUGAUAAUGCUGGGUACUCUGCGCUCUGCCAAUUAUCUUCACCACAACCUCCUCAGAAAUGUUGUUCGCCUACCAAUGAGUUUCUUUGACACUAAUCCUAGUGGCCGCAUCAUUAAUCGCUUUGGUAAAGAGGUUAAUGUCCUAGAUACCGUUUUGCCAGGUACACUUCGGGCUUACACUACCAUUUUGACCUUGGUUGUGACAACCAUGAUAGUCAUUGUGGUGGCUACACCCAUUGCAGCUGCCUUCAUUGUUCCAAUGAUGAUUGUCUACUACAUCAUUCAGCAGGUGUUUGUCACAACUUCAAGGCAACUUAAACGUAUUGAAUCUGUCUCCAAAUCACCCAUAUAUUCCCACUUUAGUGAAACAAUACAGGGAGCAUCAGUCAUACGAGCCUUUAAGAAACAAGAUGAUUUCUUCCAGGAGUCUCUUCAAUUGAUUGAGAAUAGUCUUAAAGCAAUUUAUGUAAAUGUUGGUGUUAACAGAUGGCUGGGUGUCCACCUGGAGACAAUAGGUAACCUCAUCACCUUUGCAGCAGCCAUAUUAGGAGUAGCAGGACGUGAAACCAUCAGUCCAGGAAUUGUUGGGUUAUCUGUGUCUUAUGCUCUUAAUGUUACAGCCAUCCUGAACUGGCUGGUACGUAUUGUGUCAGAUGCAGAGGCCAACAUCAUUUCAGCAGAGAGGAUUAAUGAGUACAUACAGUUGGAACAAGAAGCACCGUGGAAACUAAAGGACCAGACAUCACCUAAGUCGUGGCCAAAAGAGGGUCGCAUCACCUUCAGUAACUAUGAGACCCGAUACAGACCUGGGCUGGAGCUCGUCCUUAAAGGCAUCACCUGCACUAUUAAGCCAGCUGAAAAGGUGGGCAUUGUGGGCAGGACGGGUGCCGGCAAGUCGUCCCUCACAUUGGCACUCUUUCGUCUCAUAGAGCCUUCUGGUGGCCAAAUUGAUAUUGAUGGUGUUGACAUUACCAAGAUUGGUCUCCAUGAUCUCCGAGGUCACAUCAGUAUUAUACCCCAGGAUCCAGUACUGUUCAGUGGGACACUCCGCAUGAAUCUCGACCCAUUUGAUGUCCAUGAAGACAUGGACAUUUGGCAUGCACUUGAGCUUGCUCAUCUUAGUCAAUACAUCCGCAGUCAACCACAAGGUCUUGAACACAUGGUAGAUGAGGACGGCUCCAACUUUAGUGUUGGCCAGAGGCAAUUGGUGUGUCUGGCACGGGCAUUACUCCGCAACUCUCAGGUUUUGGUGCUUGAUGAAGCCACAGCAGCUGUCGACUUGGAAACUGACAAGCUUCUCCAGACAACCAUCCGCAAGCAUUUUAAUGACUGUACUGUGCUUACAAUAGCACAUCGCCUCAACACAAUCAUUGACUAUGACAGGGUGAUGGUACUGAAGGAAGGGAAGAUUGUUGAAUUCGACUCCCCAUCAGCUCUGUUAAGCUGUCCUGAUUCUAUUUUUUAUGGCUUGGCUCAAGAUGCUGGAAUACCGGUAGUUUAGUUUCUCUCAACAUUCAGUAUUUUUGGUAGUACAGGUAGUUCUGCUAUAACGCGAUAAUUGUGUUCUUGUAAAAUAUCGUGUUAUAGAAAAUCGCGUAAUAGAAAUAACAGGGCUUAUGGAGAAAAUAGGGUUAGGUGCAGAU